AUGCAGGUGGGAGAGGCAGUCAUGCAGCGCCGCGAAGGGAAUAAGUUUGAAGGCUGCAGUGGACGGAGCGGCAAGGGGAAUAUUGAUCCCGGCCGUGUUGCGCGAACUGAUUUGGCCAUGGUUGAUUGGACGACUCUGCAUGGUAGUGAACGUCUGGGUGGUGGUUGGAGUAUUCUUGGCGCAGCCCUGAACCUCGACGCUGGUACGAGCCCGAAUAUCAUGGCAGAUUUCUGUCUGCUCAUCGGGACUCAGCUUGUUGAACCCGGUGCCAACCCUAUCACAGAUCUGCUCGUAGUCAAGGUACUUGUUGAUCGCUGCGUGUUUCAAGGGCUCUCCAAGGGCUUGUCCAAGGAUUCUCAGUUUGUCUUUGGGGAGUUUGAGCAAGCAGCGGAGGGCCUUGCGUUCGCCGGUGCCGAGGUCCAGGCCGACAAGAGCCAUUGA